GUGCCCCGCCCCUCCCCGCUCGGAGCCCGGAUGAAGAGUAACGCCAUUACCGCCGGAGCGGUCGAGAACUCUCGCGGACCGAGACUGGACAUCCGACGAGCUGCGCCAUGAGACUCCUCCCCCGUCUGCUUCUGCUUCUUUUGCUCGUGUUACCCGCCACCCUCUUGCUCCGAAGCGGCCCUGGAGGUCCAGUAGCAGCAGCUCAAGACCUUACAGAAGAUGAAGAAACAGUGGAAGAUUCAAUAAUUGAAGAUGAAGAUGAUGAAGCAGAGGUGGAAGAAGAUGAACCCACAGAUUUGGCAGAAGAUAAAGAGGAAGAAGAUGUAUCCGGUGAACCUGAAGCUUCACCAAGUGCAGAUACAACUAUUUUGUUUGUGAAAGGAGAAGAUUUUCCAGCAAAUAACAUUGUGAAAUUCCUGGUAGGCUUUACAAACAAGGGUACAGAAGAUUUUAUUGUUGAAUCUCUAGAUGCCUCAUUUCGUUAUCCUCAGGACUACCAGUUUUAUAUCCAGAAUUUCACGGCUCUUCCUCUGAACACUGUAGUGCCACCCCAGAGACAGGCAACUUUUGAGUACUCCUUCAUUCCUGCAGAGCCCAUGGGUGGACGACCCUUUGGUCUAGUCAUCAACCUGAACUACAAAGAUUUGAAUGGUAAUGUAUUCCAAGAUGCUGUCUUCAAUCAAACAGUUACAAUUAUUGAAAGAGAGGAUGGGUUAGAUGGAGAAACAAUCUUUAUGUAUAUGUUCCUUGCUGGUCUUGGGCUCUUGGUGGUUGUUGGCCUUCAUCAACUCCUAGAAUCCAGAAAGCGCAAGAGACCCAUACAGAAAGUAGAGAUGGGUACAUCAAGUCAGAAUGAUGUUGACAUGAGCUGGAUUCCUCAGGAAACUUUAAAUCAGAUCAAUAAAGCUUCACCAAGAAGGUUGCCCAGGAAACGGGCACAGAAGAGAUCAGUGGGAUUUGAUGAGUAAAUGUUCCUUUGUGCAACAAUUCAGUCUUUACUUAACCUGCCCUAAUGUUUUUCGGCCUGAUGGGAAUUAGUGCAGAGAAGCCAUAUCACCAUAGAAGGCAACUACUACUUAUGUGUGGACUGAGCAAUCAGAGUCUAUGGCGAUAAUAUUGCUGAAAGUGCACUGCAUUCAUUUUUCUAAAGUAACAAAUUUAGAAACCAUUAAAAUCUAUGUGUGUGCGUGUGUAUGUAUGUGAACAGUUGGUCUUACCAGAAUCAUUGUUGAACUACCUGAAGCAUGCCUUUAGAAUACUAAGUAUAUUGUUUCUUCCUUUUUAACAUUUUCUGAUAUUUUCUCCCCCAAAUCAAUAUUUACCCAAUAUGAUUAUAGAUGGUUCUGCCUUAGACUGUUUUAAAGAAAACAAUUUGCUUUUUCCUUAGACUAGCUCAAAUCCCAGUUGAUGGUACAGAUUAGUAUUUUGUUAUUGUUGCUACUUUACAACAGUAUUCUAAAGGCACAAACAGGAGUGGCUGCUUUUUAGCAAUAGAAUUGUUUUGGUAUUUUGCUGCUGUUUACUUUAAUAACGCACCUUCAAAAAACUUCCCAAAUGAGUUGAAGGAAUUUGGGGAUCUCUAGCAACAAAAUUGUGAAACAUGAAAAUUCUGCUGAUUUGAUAUAUAAAAUCAACCCCACUCUCUUUUUAUCAAAAAGAAAAUGGUAUAUUUGUGGAAACUGAGUUGUGUUGUCCAUCAUUGUUCUAUUUCUGACCCAAGAGAUAGCUUUGGAAUGAUUUUAUACCUACUUAGUUUUUUUUAAAGAGAUUAUUUUUCUCUCUUUAAUAGAAGCAUUAAGAAAAUGCUUAAUGCUUUUGGCGUUGGUCUAUAGACUAAGCAAAACAUCAGUUAAUAAUGGCAGAUGCCUUUCAACUAAUUCUAAUCUGUUUAAAAAAAAAAAAAAUGAGUUGGGUGUUUUUUAAGUGGUUAUUCACCAGUUGCUUUUUAUCUAAUCUUUUGGGGAUUUUGGUUGUCGAUAUAAUCUUUUUUAAGUUAAACUGAAGAAUUCUAAAAUUUUAAGCACUUAAAAUCUAAAGAACUAAAUUGGACUUGAUAAAAUCCUCUUACAGAGUUAUUCGCCCUAUAGGUAGUAAAUUAAGUUUGGCAUCAUUGUCAGACUGGAUAAAGGAUAAAAUAUAAUAGCGUGAACAAAUUAGAGGCUUUUUCCUCUGUCGUUAAGCCAUAUUCUCCCACAUAUAUUUUGUAAGGAAAUGAUAAAUGAAAUUUUAUCAGCUGAUUAAUUCCUGGUUGUCUUCAUUAUAAUGAAUUAACCCCUCUUCAUUAUAAUCCCCACCUAUACCAAGGCCCACACAAAAACAAAACACCAAAAAAAAAUCUUUCCAAGUUGCUUAAGUAUUUACACAUCUGAGCCAAAAUCAGUGAAAAUAAAAUAGAAAUUAUUGGGUAGUUAUUAAUCACAUUGCAAGUAGGGGCUAUGGUGUCAAAAUAUCUGUGUUGGCAUUGAUGAACUAUAAACUUUCUAUACCUGUAAUAUAAAAUGUUUGAGUUUUUAAUUGAGCUGUAUGAGCAGUAGUUUAUUUUGAAAAGGCUCUAUGAGCUCUAAGAAACUGCAUGGUUUUUUGUUUAAUGUAAUAUAGGAGACCCUCCAUUUUCUCAAAGAAUAUAUUCUCCAAAUAUUUUUGUGAAUGUCCAAGUUUGUGAACCUACUAGAACAUAAUGCAGUGAGGUGUGAUUACAAAAUUUAAAUAACCUCUGGAGAGUUUUAUUGAAUACCUGGUGACAGGUGCCAGCCCUUCUGACUCCUAAAUAAUUUGCCUUACAUGUUAGCCCUUCCACUUCUGAGGUUCAAAUUAGUGUCUCAGAAAUAAUUUGUCAUGUUUUAUUUUUUUAGCAUAGAUCGGGAACAGUUGAAAACUCAGAUGCCAGGGGUCUUCUCUCGUAUCAGUUAAAUGUUUAGCAGAAACUAACUCCAUAAUAAUUGGAAUUCAAUUCCACACAUGGUUUGUUCAAGCACACUUAAUAAGUAGCCUAUUUUUAAAUGUCUUUUUUAAAUGUAAAUAUUUGGAUGAAGUUUUUGUUUGUUUUGAUAUAUUCAUUUGCUGCAUCAACCAUGGUUUCAGAAUUUACCUUGAACAGCUUGGUUUCAGAAUCUGUAAAAUGAACUAAGAAUCUUGUGUAUUAAUUCAGACAUGUGAGACUAAUGUGUUCAUAAAGCAUGGAUCUUGCUUUGGUUGUAUAGCUUCAUCAUUCAUUUCAUGGUAUUACAUAGUGACUUUUAAAAGCCUUCUAAAGUGUUGGAGGCGGGAAAAGGAAAUGGGACCUCCAAGGUAGAAGCAGAAAGAAGCCUGAGGCCUGAGGAAAACAGAAAUCAGGAAGAAAGGAACCUUGACUUGAUUUUAGUAAAGUUUUUAAUUUUAAAUAAGCCUCAGAAAAUAGUUACUGACAGAAAAAGGCAAAUUUAGAUCUUAAAAAAAGAAAAAAACAUUAAAAAGCCGGUGCCUUACAGAUGUAUUUGCAGUGCAACAGCAUGGAAUUGUAUUUUGGCUCUAUUUGGGAGAAGUAAAUGAUGGUAAUGUGACUUCUAAACCUUUAUUUAAUGACUUGUGUUAUUUUGGAGCUAUAGUAGUGGAUAAAUGUAAUAUGCGAGGCUCAUAUAACAUUUUUUUGUGGUACAAUGAUAUCCAUACCCUUGGUAUGAAGGAGAUUUCACUGGCUAAUGCAUUUAAAUAAUGAUGUAGUUUUUUUUUUUUUUUUAACUAUGAGUUGCAAUACACAUCUUUCACCAAGAAUUGGAUAGGUUAUACCUUCGUUUUUCAGUCUUAAUUUUAUUUCCAAAAUUAGAUGUUAGCUUAAAUUUUAAAACAUUUCCAAAUGUGCUUGAAGUAAUUUACCAGUUUGGGACAGCAUCGUUUAUAGUUGUAAAAUUAAUAAAUUUUUUCUGAUUUUAUUAAAUAAAAUCCUACUUUUCUUUGAA